GUACCCCGACACCAGCCGCCCGUAACCAAUAUUUGCCGUAUCCCCUGACAGCGGGGACACACGGGGGGUCACGGGGCCGCCUCUGAUCGGCGACUCGUCAAUGGGAAACGUCCAUCACCCUCAUUUGAAUGUCAGACCUGGACAAGUAUGGGGACAGGCUACAGUACAGGUACACAGGACGCCUGAACAAUAUGAGGAAAUUACUGAUUCAUACGUGUAUAAGGGGUGGACUGUUCGCGUAGGUGCGUAAUGUGUAGGUCCUUUGAUACGUGUGCGGGUUCGGAGUGACGGCAUUUGUGAGUUUUGCGGCGGGCACAUACAGGUGGAAGGACGGGCUAUGGCAGCGAGGUGUGGAGGUAGCCGGCACUGACUCCCCUGUGUCCGGGUCACAACGGUGUAUCAAUGGCCAGGUUCGGUACCGCCAGGCAAGAGGACAAACCAACAGCAGGGAAGAAGGCGUCUGAGAGGGCGAAGCACAGGGCUUCUCAGCCGUUUGAGAAAUUCUCGGGAUGGGACGUCAGUACAGACUUUGACGACCUGAGUUUAGACGUAUGGGCGAAACAAACCUCACAGAACAGACCGAAUAACAGCCGGAGAAAUGAGAAGAUCCCUUCCAAGUACCUGUGCAGGACAGAGACGAGAUGUUCGGGUCUGCAGAGUCCCGGGGAGUUCUCCAUAGUAACGCUCGCGGAGGAACUGAAGGAGGACACACAACUUGUUACUAACCAUGACGCAGGGCAUAGAGAUGACUUCACAAUCCAGAAACGUGCAAUAGAGAAGGAGCUCGUAGCGCAAAAGUCUGACCGUCAGAACACUCAAACUAUUAAGUUAUCAGCAAAGAACGAAAAUUCACAUUUCAGGCAAACCCAAAAUGGGUCGACAAGAAACGAACAUCUAGAUGAGUUAAGAGGCUCAAAAUCUAUCAAUUCUGCCACAUUUUCCAAACUGUUGAGCAUAUCAUCAAGCAGAAAUCAUGACAGUGGUCAUGUUUCUAGAGAACCCAACGGUCAUCUUGCCGAAAAUGUAAACGAUGAGCAGGCAGCAAUAGAAGCCUUGAAGAUUCAAAAUGGGAAGACGUCCACUCAGGAAACCAAAGCUUCAAAGUCGCCUGUGGAAAAAGUGUCGCUUCCCUCUGUAAGAUUCACCUACACGAAGGCAAAGGAUCCAAAACAGAGGCCCGAAUCUGGCAUUUCUUUCUCCUCGUCUACAACGGAGCAAACAGAGGGGUCAGGAUCGUCGUUCUCAACACUGCGGACGAUAGAAUCAUCAGACGGCUCAAAGUCGUUGAGUUCCCGGUCCGAUGCCGUGACAACCACGGGGUCCAGUUCCGAGGAAAGCGGGACUUCCAAGCGGUCCCCGGGCCCCGAGCUCCCGCCUGUCAACCCCUCCCCGAGCCCUACCCUAAUGACAUUCCCGAGUGACGGCAUCGCCAAGUUCUUCACUUCGUGGGCUCGGAGCUUUGCAGAGAGCGUGAGUAAUGAUGAUGACCAAGACUUGCCGACGGACAUUUUUGCCAGGUACAGCAGAAAUAAGAGAGCCACAUUCAAGCCCAGACCUCACAACAGCGCCCGCGAAAAUGUCUCUAAUCUUCAACAUUUGAAAGACUCUCGGACAUCAAGAAGUGCGCCAAGUUUAAGUACAGCAGAAGAUGCUGAGGAGACUUCUAAGGAUGGAGGGAGAGAUUCUAAGUUUGGGGAUGGAGCCGUAAGUCCCAGCAACUACCCAAUCAGAGACGUGUUGCCUGAUGGGAUAUCUGUACAGCGAGGCCUGCCGGGAAGGAAACUAAAGGCCCCGGAUGUGUCCGGAACUCCAACAAAGAUUUCUCUACAACAGGGUUGGCGGGAGGACGACCUGACCGGCUGGAGCACACCUCCUAUGUACCAGGGUGACGUCAUUAUAGUCAAAGACGGGAUAGACCUCGAGAAAUUAAGAGAUCAGAAUACGAACGGACCUCCGGCAUUUCGCCCUCACCAUUUGAAAACGCCACUGCAGAGAGCGCGGGACAUCGUGCAAAGGAGGCUGGGUAAUCCUGCCACACAAGCGGAGAUCAGCACUUCCCCUACUGCGAGUCCUCCCCGCCGAUGGAAGAGCUCGUACUCCAACAUGUACGAACCGACCAAACAGCGGAGUGGGGACCUCAGGACACAGUCCGAGCAGAGCCCGAGGGCACACAGCAAACACGCCCUCGGGCAACAUGACGUUUGUGACCCGGGGCAAAGGGUGAACUCGAGACCCAGUCGGGACGGGGUGCAUCAGAAAGCUGGGAAUCCUCCUCCAUUGCGGGACCGGCACGAACUGGCAUCACGUGACCCCUGGAACUACGUCAUGCAAUAUAUGGGGCGUGCGCCAGCCGUCAAGACCUCAUCCAGCGCUCUCAGACACUGAACUUACCGCCUUGAUCUUACACGGAGUUUAGAAUCGUCCAGUAGAUUUUAUGCAUAUAUAAAUAUUACGACUGUGGAUUGUUUCCAUAUCUGUAUGAUAGAUGUUGUGUGAUAGGGGAUGAGUUUCCACUAAUUCAAAUUUCGAAAAAGGACCUCGUCCUGCUGGCAAUUUUUCCCUGUGCUGGGCUUUUUAGACCUUUAACCUUGAGUAAAAACAGGAUUUGGUAGGGUAAUAACGCAAUAAAGCAAGUUAUCUUCAUAAACUUUUGUAUUGUAAUACCUGAAUCUCAUACAGUCUUACUAUCAACACUACAACUUACCUAACACAUUCUAACAAAAUCAGAGCUACACAUGUAACAAAGAAAUUUACCAACGUAUCACUGCAGAUGAUGAUGAUUUCUGACUUGGUACUGUCCUUGGUGCUGAACAGGCUGUUCAAAAGAAAAUUGUAAGCAGCCAUUAUAAUAGUAUUACACACGUCUUCCUAUGACUUCAGAACAAAUGAAACAAGCUUUUUGUAUGAUACCACAGACACUAUUAUUUGUUCUUUUU